GGCCUGCGGCGCACACGCCUGCCGCGGCGGUCGCGGCCGCGGAACUUGAUAACCACAACGAGGCGCUCUUCGAGUCGCCGUUCAAGACUAUCAGGUGCAUUGCAGCGGUGCCGCUGUGCGACGACAGGGGCUGUGUUGUUGCAGUGGUGAAGUUCAUCAACCGCACCUCUGGCGACAAGCUUCCCGUGCUGGAGUUUUCGAGGUCAGACUUGCAGAUGCUGCAGGCUGUGGCGGACGUCUUCCAGUGCAUCGCACACGGGCCGCUGCUGACAGCGCCAGGUGUUGGACCCGUUCGUCCGCCACGUGUGGAGCUGACGGUAUCCGACGACAAGGUGGGGGCGGUGGUCGGUUGGCAGAUCCUCGGAGACGUGGGUCCUGCCCUCCUCCACGAGAUCUCCUACGCAGCCGUGGACGACGCGGGCCUCUCCGCCUCGCAGGUCGGCGAGGACCGCUGGCGCGCCGUGCCCUGCGGAGCCCUCGUCCCCUCCUCGGUGGAGGGUGCCUCUGGCGGAGCCGCCGCGGAGCAGCACUUCGAGUUCGAGGUGCGCGGGCUGCAGGCCGACGCCUUGUACUCCUUCCGAGUGCGCGUGGGGAGCCUGUCCGCCAUGUCGCCCUGGUCCGCGCCCACCGAGCUGUCCACGGGGCUCGUGCCGCCGUACGCUGGGGUGGGCGAGGUCGUCGACGUCUCCCCGACGAGCGACUCCGAAGUGCUGCUGACGUGGGGGCCCUUCUUCACCUGCAGCUCUGGCCUCACGGCGGUGGAGUACUGCGUGGUCGCGUGCGGCGUCGCAGGGUCUCCUGCUGCAGAUGAUGGCGGUCUUCCGCAGCGGCUGUCGCAUGUGUUCAUCAGCGACGGCACGAAACCCCGGGAGGCCUUCCGCAUCUCCGGCUUGAACUUCCACAUGGCGUACUCGUUCGAGGUCCGAGCCCGGUACCCUUGCGUCGGCGCGAGAGAGUUUUCGCUGGCGCUGCGCGCCGACGAGUUCGUGUUCCCUGGCCUCGACUACACCCUCCCGGCGCCGCGCCCGCUGCCUUUCGACGAUUUGCUCGGCGCCGCGGAGCCGCCCGCCGCGCCGCUUCUCACGCUGUGUUGGCCGUACCCCCCGGAGCUGCAGGACGGCCUGACGCUGCAGUACCGCACGGCCUUCGCCGCCGCCGGCGGGGCGGGCCCGCUGCCGCAGCUCCAGGUGUCUGGCUGGUUCGAGCAGAGGCUGGAGGAGGUUCGGCACACGCUGCGGAAGCAGGGAGCCACCGCGGACACGGUCUGUGCGCUGGACAUCCCGGCCAUCCAAUCCGCACUAGCAGUGCAGUUUCGCGUCCUCGCGAGAUUGCCGCGGAGCCGCGCGUCACCUAGCUCUGUCUGGUUUCAUCCAAAGCCCGUGGAGCCUCCCGUGAAUGUCUGCAUGGGACUCUUCUGCAGUGAGGCGAGUGGCCUCGCGCUGCAGGUGGCCUGGGACAUCCUUCAGGAGUUCGACCCUGGCCCGCUCAACCACGGUCCUACGGGGUGUGCCGUCUGCCAUGACCUCGCAGGUGGGCGUGGCCCUGUCCCAACCCACUUCCAGCUGCGGCUCCGGUGGAUCUUGCAGGAGGACGCCCAGGUGGCCCGUGCCUGGACGGAGCUGCAGCCCGAGCCGCUGCCACAGGCGGCGGCAAUCCCCGCCGGCGCGGCCGGAGACUUGCCCUACAGGUGGCUGCUCCGGGAGAGCCGCUGGUUCGCACACCUGGGCGUGGUGCUGGAGGCCCAGCUCCGCCUCGGGAAUGCCCUCUCCUGGUCCUGCUGGUCGCCGGGCGUCCGGGUCAGCGUGGCCGCGCGCCCGCCGGUGCCCCGCGCGGGCCACGCGCUCGAAGUCGCGGCCGUGGGCCGCGACGCGGCCCGCCUCACCUGGCACCACUUCAGCCCCGGGUGGCCCGAGCUGCGGGCGCUGGAGUACCUGGUGCUGUGCCUCGAGCUGCCAGACGGCGCGGGCAGCACACCGCGUGGCGGCCACGUCCAGGCAGGCGGCCGGCAGCCGUUCGUCUUCGACGGCAGGACGGUGUACGAGUGGGCGCAGGCCGCAGACGCCAUUCACGUGUUCAUCCGCCCCCCCCCAGAGGUCGGCAAGGCCCAUUUCGAGAUCGGCAUCGAGCCCGAGCGCCUGAGCGUCGGGCUCGCGGGGAAGCCGCCGUUCCUGGACGAGGAGCCCUUCGGCCUCGUCAACCCGAGCAUGUCCUCCUGGAUGGUCGACGGCGGCGAGCUGCAGAUCGUGCUCAAGAAGGCCCACUCGGACGAGACGUGGCGCGCCGCUCUGAAGGGGCACUGCCCGCUCGACGCUGUGGCCGAGCAGGAGGAGGCGGGCGAGGCGCUGAUGCUCGCAGACGUCCUGGAGCCCGGUGCGCGGCCGGGCUCCUGGGUGACGCGCCAGGUCAUCAGGCACGGCGGCGCCCAGGCCGAGGGGCCCCUGGAGUGCACGGUCGACUGCCUGCUGCCGGACAAGGCUUACCUGUUCGCGGUGGAGAGCAGGUACCUGGGGCUGCCCGAGCGGAUAGCCGAGGACGCCGCCGCCAGGCUGGAGGCGCCAGCGCCGCUGCCCCCCAGGGGUGUCCACCUCUCCGCGGGGAGGGUCACGGCGGCCGCGUCGCUCGACGGCAGCCCCUGCUGCUCCGCCGGCUUCGAGCUCAGCCUCGGCUGGGCGUUCCAGGCCCUCCCCGCGGGCGCCCCGCUGCCCAAGGCCCUCCUGUACCAGGUCCGCGCCGCGCCCUGCGGGGGCCCCGGCAGCGGCGCCGGCGGCGGCGCUCGGGAUCCCCGCGGCGCGGCCCCGCCCUGGCUCGUGCUGCCGCCCGCGCUGCUGGCCGGGCCCGCGGCCGCGGCAGGCAGCCCCGCCAGCUUCGCGGCGGCGCCGGGCGCCCCGCAGACGGAGCUCCGAGCCACCGCCGCGCUCCGCAGCGCCGCCCUCAACCGCUGCUCGGCGGCGGCCAGCCCGUGCAGCUGCAGGUGCGCCUGGGCCACCUGCUGGAGGGGGCGUGGAGCGACUGGUCGCCGCCGUGCGAGCCCGUGGAGUUGGCGCUCGAGCCCCCGGUCCCGGCCGCGGGGGCCUCGCUGGAGGUGGCGGAGGAGCUCUGGGACGCCGAGGAGAUGCCCGCCGGCGCGGCGCACGGCGUGCGCCGAGUGGUCCUCUCGUGGGCCCCGUUCCGGCCGGCGCCGGGCGCCAGGACGGACUGGCACGACCAGCUGCGCAUCGAGUACAGG